AGGGAGCUGGAGGGCGAGCGAGGGAGUGCAGGAGAGAAGGAUAGAGUACCAGAAGAGAGUACAAGGCUCUCACAUGCACACACACAUACACACAUACACACACACACACACACAAACAAGACUCAUACACAGAUUUAUGUCAGCUCCCCUGAUGUACGUGGAUUACUUUCCAAAUUGAACCACUCAUCAAGCCAAUCAAGGCAUGAUCAGCGUCUCGGAGCGGUGUUAAACUGUGAAAUGAACCAUGGAGGGGUCCAAGGGGCCAGUCACUAGCCGAUCCAACAGCCGCACAAUCACCAGCAGCAGCAGGGGAAGUCCGAGGAGGACCCACAGCAUGCAGCUUGGCCCACACUAGCACCAAGUGGACCUCUCCUCUCACCUGGGGCCGGGGCUGCAGAAUGCUCAGUCCUGUCACCCCAUACAGUCUGUUAAAGAUGCACUGGUCCCCAGAGCACACCGCCCCCUUAUCUCAGUGGCCUGAGCAGCACCUGGAUGUCACCUCUACCACUUCACCGCCGUCUGCCCACAAACACGACCCUUACUCCGCAGCUGGUCGCCGGAGCUACGCCCCCGCAGGUUACCCAUGGGCCAGUGAUGACAUAUCAGCCUUAACUGCUUCUUCUCUGCUCAAACGCUAUGCUGAGAAGUACUCAGGGCUGGAGCUUUCCUAUGAACGCCCUCCCACAGGGGCCUACUCAGAGCCUGGAACUUUCAUGAAAACUGAAUCGGAGCCAUGGGCUCUGGUUCAGGGCAUGGACUGUUACCCUGGACUGGAGGCAUUAACCGGCACCAAGGUAGGCUCUGCAUCUGUGGGCAUCCCAGCCACAGGAAGUGUGACGGUAGUGAGUAGCAACUUGGCGUCUGAGCCGGGCUACAGCGGCGCUGGCUCCUGCAACGCCCCGUCAUCUCAGGAAUACCCUCCUGCGUACAACAGCACCUACCUGUCUUCAGGCUACUGCCCUCAGCCCAGCCCAGCACUUCCCCCUGCCCCUCUGCACUCAUUGCAGGCCACAUCCACUCUAGUGCCCAGCUACAGCGCCAGUACUCCUAUCUACAACUACCCUGCAGGGUGCUACCCCCAAACCAGCCUGUCCUCUGGAUACAGCCACCACAGUGCCUCCUAUUUGCCCCCUGGGAUUAGUGCCCCGACUCCUCUGGCCCCACGGCCCACCAUGGCGGGGGGCAGUUACAGCUACCCGUCUCACGGCCUCGGAGGGAGCUCCGAGGGAGGCGUGCCACUGAAACGCAAGGCCUUUGAGAUGGCAGAGGACGGACAGGAGGGGGCGGAGGUGGAGGGAUCGCGCUACAGAAAGUAUGGGAACAGCCAUAGCAAAGGUCAUGGCAACGGCAACGGUUACAACAUGAGCGGGUCGGCCUCAGACCCACAGGUCUACAAAUCUGGAAAGCCCAUGAUGUCACCCCCUUAUGGCGGGGCGGGGGACUACAGCCCACCAUCAGGCCUGGCCGGGGAGAGUGUGUCAGGGGAGCACUCCUUCCCCCAGCAGCAGAGAAUGUCCGGGAAGAUACCCGCAUCGCACAUACGAUCCGGAGACCCCGCCGCCGGGCGCUGAAAGCACUGGUCAGCAUUUGAGAGGAUUCACUCACACUUUGAAAUCUAACCAGUUGUUGAUCCAGACGGACUUGGCUCAAAAAAGGAUCGUCAACGAAAGGUUUAGUUUCACUUUUGAACAAGAGGGCCCAGGACUGGUGUAUCUUUUAACAUUUUCACUAUUCAUGCUUUUCCAAAGAUUCACAGCGGCAUUUAGCCCGCUGAGGUUAAGGUAAGUCUUAGGGAUGAGGUUAAGACGCUCACUACAUAAAUAGCGUUAAGGCGGUCUAAACGUAUGAGUGUCGGUGUCUCUCAGGAUCCUAUUUAUUUGCUCUGGCUACUGCGGCGGCAGCACUGCAUCCACGAUGUUGCUGUUGUGAAAGUUAGGUGUGAUUAUUUGUGGCCAUUAUGUAUGAAAAAAGGCCUUUGACUGCAAUACGUUCUACCACACCAUAAGAAUCAUUACCAAAAAGUAAGGAAGGCAAUAACUGAAAUGGUGAGAUCGCCAUAAUCCUUCAGCACAAUCACUGCUACUUUACACAGCUGACUCCAAGGCGUCGAGAAAUGAAUGUUUCCCUGCUCGUCCCUCGGUUUGCCCUUACCGUCACUCAUUGUUGACGCGUGUCAGUUUCCAUGACCCCCUUUUUUUCAUGUUCUUUAUCUUAUUCUAUCCGUUGUCCUGCUUCCUGUUCUAAACUCUUAAGUUGCUGAACACAUUUUUUUUUCAGUUCAUACUUAACAAGCUGCUGUCAAAUGAUUACUUAGAAUACAUGAAGCCGCCCUCUAAAAUUGUGUUGAUGUAAAGAAGGAGGUGAGAAAUAAUCUAAGACUUUAUGUUCAUUUACAAAUGUAUUUAGCAUUCACACCCGGAUGGCGGAGUAUAUUCACAUCGUCUUCAAAGUGUGUUGUUUACCGGUUGAUCCUAAAACUACAUCUGCAAAUAAGGUUGCAGCUCACACAUUUAAGCUAUUACAAUAAAUAAUGACAACACAAAUCAACAGAACAACCAAAAAACAAAAACAAAACCAAUGCUUCAGAGUGAAUCCUGCUAAACUGUUCAAAGGUUGGAAAGCCUUUUUUUGUUGCUUUUGUUUGGGUGCACAGACCAAACAAAGAAGAUCCCAAUUCUAAAAUGACAUUCUUUCUCUUUCUCUUUACUUUUGCCUUUGAAAAGGAUGAUUUAUAGUUGUGUUAUUGAAUACUCAGGAAGAAUAAUGUUACCUCAGAAUGAUGAAAUAAGAAUGUAUGUUAUUACCUUUGGUGUUUGUAGGGAGCUUAAUGGAUAAAAUGGAGCCAUGGCUUUUAUUAAAAGCAAACAUACUCUGAAAGCUUCAGGGAAACAAAGAACUUACACGGCCUUGAUACUAGCAGUCGAAAACACACACACAAACACACACACACACACACAACACGCACACAACAAACACACACACACACUACUUCUUAUCUCUGGGAAAAUAAAACUUGAGGUUUUUGUACAAAGGCCUUUUGAAUGUAAUUCAGAUAUUUUUUUUAAUAAGGACAAUACAUGCCAUGAUGUACAUCAAUAAUGAUUUUAGAUAUAUGAAACAUAUUUUCUUCAUGUAUAGAUGUAAUUGUCUUAUAGGUUUUGGUGCAAAUAUGAAUGACAUGUUAAGUGUUAGGGUAGUUAGCAGUGUGUUAGAGGACAAACUGUCAAAAUAAAGCACUCUUGAUUAACAACUGUUGACAUAUUACGACAUACACAUAUUACAGUAUAUGCUCCUUAGUAGGUAUGUUUAUUAAAUGUCUUGAUUAAUUAAAUCUCCAUUUUUCUAUAUCAGUUUAUUAAAACCAUUUGAAACAGUGUCCCCAGUUAAUCAGCUUGAUUUGAGCUCAAAUAUGAAUUGACAACAUGAAGAUGGGAGAGUUUAAAGAUGUUCACUGUCAGAAGAAAUAUAGAGAGCUGUAAAGUCGUAGCUUUGUUACUAGUCCUCCCUACAUAAACUGUGCUAUACAAAUAUCUCAUUUGCAAAAUUAAACAAAACCUAACUCUUAACAAAAAGAAUCCCGAGAAAGUGGAAGAAAAAAAAACCUAAAAAAGAUUUAGGGUAUAAUGCCGCUUCAGACUUAGUCAGGAAAAGUAUUUUGAUUUGAAAUAAUGUAGCUUCAAAUUAUGCCGGAGGGAAUAAAAUGAAAAAUGAAAAAGGUGUUACAAAAAUAAGAAUGUUUCCUUAUCCCCAGAUGUUAAAGGUGUAUAAGCGCUUAGCUACAACAAUUAGAUGCUCUUCGAUGUCAAACAAAGAAUAUGAUCCACAUUAACUAACCCACUGCAACAACAGCAUUCACUGUUUUUUGGUGUAACUCUGAUUCAUUGAAGUAAGUGGAGUUUAACUCAGCAAAUGGUAUUUCAGUGUUAACUUUGUAAUUCAGUUGUACUUUUGUUGUAUCUUGUACAUUCUCUGUAACCAUUUCUACCUCAUUUUGAAUACAUUGUACAUGGAAAUAUUUAUUUCAUGACAUUUCACACGCCAGUUUUAAGAAGCAAUGUUUAUAAUUCUUGACCUGUUUUAGUCUACCUCACUAAAGACGGUUGUGUCAUUUAAAUGAAGAUA